AUGCUAUUCCGCUCGGCUAUUUCUACUUCGUGCUCUGCUGCCCGGAGUGCACUGCGUAAGAACGCGCUUGCGAGCGUGAAUCUACGCCAGUACUCUGCUACCCCCAAGGCUCCUUCCUCGAAUGUUGGUCUUUAUUUUGCGCUCGGCGGUGUUGCUGGUAUUGCAGCCUGGUACUCUAUGGGCGGCUUCAACGGCAACAUGAAGCUUGCAAUUUCGCAGGUUAAUGCUGACUCUGACGAGACAGCCCUUUCGAGUUCUGCGUUUAAUGCGCUCAAAUUGCUUGAGGUGAAACCGUACAACCAUGACUCCUCGAUCUACGUCUUUGAGCUCCCCGACAACAAGAGGUCUGGUGUUUUUGUCGCAUCCGCUAUCCUCGUCCGUGGAGCAGAAGACGAACCUAAGGAUGGCAAGGGCAACCCCGUGUUCCGCCCUUACACUCCGAUUAGCGCACCGGAGACCAAGGGAAUUAUGGAACUGCUUAUCAAGCAUUACCCGAACGGUAAGAUGACUGAAUACUUGAAAACGCUCAAGCCCGGAGAUCAACUCCGUGUGAAAGGUCCGCUCCCUAAGUUUGAAUACAAGCCGAACGAGUUUGACCAUAUUGGUUUGAUUGCGGGAGGCUCUGGUAUUACUCCCAUAUGGCAGCUUAUCUCGCGCAUCGCUAGCAACCCUGACGACAAGACGAAAGCCACGGUUCUUUACGGAAAUAAGGCAGAGGAAGACAUUCUUCUCCGCGACAAAUUUGAUUCUUUGAACAAGGACCCGCGCUUCACCAUUGUGCACUACUUGGAUAAUGCCCCCCCCAACUGGCAGGGUGGCAAGGGCAACAUUGGUGCUAAAGACGUCCAAGAGAAGCUUCCCAAGCCCACUGAGAACACAAAGAUAUUUGUUUGUGGACCCCCUGGUCUGAUGAAUGCCGUCAGCGGUGCCAAGAAGAGCGUCACGGACCAAGGCCCUCUUGUCGGUGUGCUUGCUGAAUCUGGCUUUAAGGCCGAGCAGGUAUUCAAGUUUUAA